UAACACAGUAGUUAGUUACAUGCUGUCGCUGCGACGACCCCGGGUUCUCCAACGCCGUGUUUCGAAAUAAGAGACGAUCGCGAUCCUGGCAUUUAUCCCACUCACACCGCACACACAAGAGCACGAGCAUACGUAGCGCCGUCUGAACAUAUCACCCGGGUCGAAAACCAAUCCAGACAGGAAGGAAGGCCGUUGCCGCGCAGGCUUGGGUUUUGAGCUGGGGCUCUCUGGCCUCACCGCGCCGUCAUGGACGGCCCCUCCAUCAUCAAGGAGCACGGCAAGGCCAUCAUCGAGGCCAUCCGCAGCAGAACCCUCAACAAUGAGUGGAAAGUCCUCGUCGUCGACGAAACCAGCAAGAGGAUCAUCGACAGCUCCGUGAACGAAGAUGAGAUCCUCAACCACAAUAUCGCCAAUAUCGAGCGCAUCGAGGACCGGAGGGAGAUGAACCCGGACAUGGAUGCCCUCUACCUUCUCUCCCCCCAGCCACACAUUGUCGAAUGCCUCCUCGCCGACUUCAGCUGCCACCGCUACCGGAGGGGGUUCAUCAUCUGGACCGGCCCCCUGCCUGAUCCGCUGCAGCGCAAGUUGGAUGUUGCUCGGAGGCAGAUGGGAGGCCCUCCCGAUCUCUUGUUGGUCGACUUCUACCCGCGCGAGUCGCAUCUCGUCACCUUCCGCGACCCUUCUAGCUUCCUCGUCCUGUACAACCCCACGUGCAACGACCUCGUGGCACAGCAUCUGCGAGCAUUAGCAUCAAAGAUUGCCUCCGUAUGCAUCACGCUGCAGGAGUUCCCCAAGAUUCGGUACUACCAACCGCCUGCCCACGCCACCCACGAAGCCAGGGUCCUGUGCAUGCACCUGGCCCGCUUCGUCCAGCAGGCGCUGGAAGGCUACCGCCAGUCAGACAGAAACUUCCCGCCGCACACCCAGCGUCCCCAGUCGGUGCUCCUCGUCACGGACAGGUCUAUGGACUUGAUGGCCCCGCUCCUUCACGAGUUCACGUACCAGGCUAUGGUGCACGAUCUGCUCCCCGUCCGGGAGCAGGAGAACGGCAAGGUGACGUAUCACAUGGCCGCAAAGGAGAGCGCCCGUGUCGAAGAGAGGGACGAGGAACUCGCCGAGAAGGACGUCGUAUGGGUCACCAACAGGCACCGCCACAUGAAGGAUACCAUCGACAAGCUCAUGAACGACUUUCAGAAGUUCAUCGACAAGCACCCCCAAUUUGCCAAUCAGGGCAAAGAAGCGUCCCUGAAUGACAUCAGAGACAUGCUGGCCGGUCUGCCGCAGUUCGAGGAGAUGAAGAAGGCCUACUCCCUCCACCUCACCAUGGCCCAGGAAGCUAUGGAUAUCUUCCAGAAAUACAAGCUCGCAGAUGUCGCCUCGGUAGAGCAGACCCUGGCCACCGGACUCGACGAAGACUACAAGAAGCCCAAGAACAUGCUCGACCAGGUCGUCCGCCUCCUCGACGACCCAGACGUCGCCCCGGCGGACAGGCUGCGUCUCAUCGCCAUCUACGCCCUGUACCGCGACGGCAUGAUCGACAAGGACAUCAGCCGGCUCCUAUGGCACGCCUCGUUGCAGCGCUCGCGCGACAGCCAGGACCAGGCCGUCAUCGAGAAUCUCGGCCUCCUCGGCGCCCGCCCCCUCAAGGAGCUCAAAGAGACCCGGCAGCCGAUCCCCCCCCUCUUCCCCCAACCGAGUUCUUCCAAGAACGCCGUCCCGGACGAAGAAUACGCCCUCUCCCGCUUCGAGCCUGCCGUCAAGCAGAUGCUCGAGCGCCUCUGCGCCGGCGACCUCGACCAGGCCCUCUUCCCCUACGUCAUCCCCCCGGCCGACGGCCCCGGCGGCCCGGACUCCCUCACCUCCCAGGGCUCCCUGCGCUCGGCCGCGCCCCGCUGGGCCUCGGCCAACCGCAAGCAGGCCGAGAACCGCCAGCGGGUCAUCGUCUUCGUCGCCGGCGGCGCCACCUACUCGGAGGCCCGCGCCUGCUACGAGGUCUCGGAGAAGCACAACCGCGACGUCUUCCUCGUCACCAGCCACAUGGUGGCCCCCGGCAAGUACCUCGCCGACCUGCGCGCCCUCAAGACGGACCGCCGCCGCCUCAACCUCCCCAUAGACCGCCCUCCGCCGAAGCCCCCCGCCCACCUGUACGAACGUCCCGCCCCCGUCCAGCCCGCCGGCCCGGUCCGGCCGCAGCAGCAGCAGCAGCACAUUCCGCCCGGCGCUGGCGUGGGCGGCCCGCCGACCCAGGCGCUUGCGGGCAUGUCGCUCGGCGGGGCCCCGCCGCCGGGUGUGGCGGGCAACGGACCAGGGCCCGCAGCGGCGGCGGCGGCGGUGGCGGCGGCGGGAGCGGGAGUGGAUGCGGGCGGGAAGAAGAAGGACAAGGACAAGGAAAAGAAGAAGAGGAACAUCUUUGGACUAAAGAAGUAGUGCGGCGCCUCUCACCCCCCCCCCCC